AUGGUAGGUAAAGUGGUUGUGUCGGGUAUUUCGAUCAUCCUCGUCGUCGGCGUCGUCAUCGGUGUCGUCGCAGGAGUCCACAAGUUCGGGUCCUCCGGCGACUCUGGCGAGACGUUGACACUGCAGAUGAAGGCGGUUUCCACCAUCUGUGCGCCGACCGAUCACAAGGAGCUAUGCAUGAAGACCCUGGGCACGUACGCGGCAAAUGCCACCGCCGACCCUAAGGAGCUCAUCAAAGCCGCAGUGCUCGCCACCCUCGAGGAGAUGAAUGGCUCCUUCAACUUCUCCGUGUCUCUGGCCGCCAAUGCCAACGUCACGGAUGCCAGGGUCAAGAUGUCGCUGGAUGACUGCAAGGACCUGUAUCAGUUCGCCGUCGAUGAGCUCCAGGCCGCUUUUUCCUUCGUUGGCGACAGCGACCUCCACACUGUGAACGACCGUGUCGCCGAGAUACAGAACUGGCUCAACGCUGUCGUGUCGUACCAGCAGUCGUGCCUGGACGGCGUCGAAGACGCGAAGCUCAAGGCCGACUUGCAAAACAACCUCCAGAACGCGACUCAGCUCACGAGCAAUGCGCUCGCGAUCGCCUCGUAG